AAGUUAUAAUACUUCGAGCCAUCAAGGCGUGAGCAAGAAGUAGGUAGUCAUAAAUAUAAAUUGUUAUUUGUUAAUAAAUCAAGUGCUUCGUUAUUUUAUUGGUAAAUACAUCAUGUAUUUAUUAUAUGUGUGGAACUUUAUUCUGGUAAUUUUGGUGGUAAGGGAUGCUAACUGUGUUGUGAUUGAUUUAUGUCAUGGUUAUCAAAAUCAAUCUACUACCUGUUGGACCACAACGCAGCGGUUCGAAAUAUUUGGAGUAAAGAGAGGCGCAGGUCCUAAUGGAUGGUAUUCAACACAGAGCUUUUCAAUGUCCGAACAUUGUGGCACUCAUUUAGAUGCACCUUAUCACUUUUAUGAAGACGGAUGGAAAUUGGAAGAUAUUCCACUGGAACGAAUGAUAGUUGAAGGUGUGCAUCUAAAUGUCAGUCAUGAAGUCAAUGGAAAUGGUGACUUUUUACUAACAGUCGAUCAUUUGAAAAAAUGGGAACACGACAAUGGUCCACUUCCACACCGUUCUGUGAUAUUAGUAAAUUUCGGUUGGGCUCAUAAGUUUGGCAAUCGUCAACAAUACUAUAAUAAUAUUACAGAGCGAUCAUUAUUAAGUUUUCCAGGAUUAUCUAAAGACGCAGCACAAUGGAUUGUCGAUUCCAAAAAAGUAUUCGGCUUAGGAGUAGAUGGCCCGAGUGUUGAUCCAGGCAAUUCAACGUCAUUUGAUGUGCACAGGAUACUAUCUAAAGCCAAUUUAUAUAAUCUCGAAAACGUAGCUUUAAAUGGUACGACAUUGCCAUCGAAAGGAUUCAAACUUAUUAUCCAGCCAAUCAAGAUUGUAGGAGGUACCGGUGGACCUUGUCGGAUAUUAGCUUUUACAAAUAAUACUUUUGAAAAAUGAUCGAAACAUGACUUUACAAUUUCAUAAAGAACCUAUCCGUAUACGAUCGCUAUACGAUAGUCGGACAGUCAUUAUUGAUCGUUAUCAAAAUAAGUCAUACAAAGUGUAAAUUACGCAAAACAAGAUGUGUUUAUAAUUUCUCCCGUAUGAUAUAGAUAACUAGGAACCUACUUAAUUUUAUUGUUUGUACGCAUGAUUCCACUCUAAAUUUUAAAAUGAUUUUUAUACCAAAAAUAUAUUUUUUUAAAUACUUGUUUAUUAAGUUACCAGUGUUAGUAUAUUAUAUUAUAAUAAUUAUUAGAAUUUAUUACAUCGGUAGAGUAAAAGCGCAUCAUCCUUACUAAGGACCCUAUUACUACUGCAUGAUAGCCGAAAUAAAUAAUACUAGGAUGUUUUAAACGUAAUAAAUAUAAGCAGAUACUGA